GGUUGCGUUCCUCCUGUGCCUUGUGCCUUGUGCCUCAUUUACGAUGAGACACCAAAUCUUCAUCAUUGCGUUCCUCCAAGGGGCACUAGUUGAAUCCCUUAAGGAAGUCCCUGGUUACCUUGGGGCUAACGUUACCUUAUGGUCAGGAGCAGACCCAUCAUGGAAGCUCUCCAAAAUUGAGUGGUCAGUGUUCUCCAACAACACAUGGAUUGCCACCUAUCGCAAGGGGAGAACAAACAUCGAACGCAUCAGUCGGUACAAAGGGAGACUCAGUCUCAACAUCUCUUCAGGUGACUUGACGAUCCAUAAUCUGACUCGUGAGGAUGCCAUGGAGUACACUGUGGACCUCAUCAACACAAUGAAAAACGGCACAGUGAACAAGAUCAAGCUCAAAGUUAUGCAACGCCUUAAGAAACCGUCUGUAAAGAAACUCGUCACUGCAUCUGUAGAAGGAGGCUGUUUUGUGGUGUUUGAUUGUUCUUCUCAAGAUCAAGAUGUUGACCUCUCCUGGGAGGUUGGACCUCUCACCAAGACUGCCUACAACAUGAGUAAUCCUGAUGGAAAACCUGGAGUUCUUUUAGCAUUCCUCAGCACCACACAGAAGCCUGUCCAUUUCACCUGCACCUCCAGCAGGACUACAGAGAGGGCCUCAAAUGCUGUCACUGCAGAGUGUGAUGAAAACCCCUGCCCCAGAUGUGCUCCUAUGUUUUUUUUAGGAUUAUUUAUAGCAAUUGCUAUAGCAGCAGGAAUGUAUUGUUUCAGAGAAAAAAUCAAAUCUGCAUGGAAAUGUCUCAAAGACAACCUGCCUAAAUCAGAGAUUGCUAUUGAUGAGUGAUAACACACUGCUAUUAUCCCUCCUCCCUGCAGUUAGCUUGACGUCUGUAAAAAUUUCAAGAAGCUGAAUUGACAACACCACAGAAGCAUUAGCCAUGCUGGACGAUGACUACAGCGCUUGUGCCGUAUGAGAACUGUGAUAUAUUAGCACAACACAAGAAUGUAAGAAUGUAUUUCGCUAUAAUCUGAAGCAGAGCUGUCGGAGUUGUCAGAGCUGACUUUUAUUGUGUCCAGAGGGCAAAUGAAUUGGACUCAUAUGAGUGUAGGGAGGUGGAGAGAGAGUCUGCAACCGUAAACGUACAAAAGCAUACAAAAAGAACAGUGAAACACAAGACAACCAGAUGAACUGAUAAAGACAAGAUCCACACGGCCUAAGCAUCUGCCAUCAUGAUAUUAUCAUUUGUCAUUAUUAACACAAUAUCAAAUUUCAUUUUUUUUUAAAUAUCAUUAUCCUCGAUAUCUGUUUAUCUCAACACCACUUAUCUAUGAAAGCAGCAGCAUCAUAAAUAAUUAACAAUACACAUUAUAGUAAUGUAAUCAUGAUAUUGAGUCUUUCUCAUGUAAAAAUGUUAUUUUAUUUUAUUUGAUAUAUAUUUGUAAAUAAAUUGUCGAUUUUCUUAAUCAUGACAUUAAAAGAAUAUUUUUGAAA